AUGAAUUGCUUAAUAGAGUAGGUUGAUGAUUUUUAUGGGGUUUUAGCUAAAUCUAGAGAGGUUGAUGACGUAGUGUUCCAGGUUCUCCUCAAAAUAUUCAAAAGAGAGAAAAUUAAAGAUUGUCUAGUAUUUCUCUCAUAAGAUCAAAAUCUAAGGCAAGUCGCAUAAGAAAUAUUAUAGUUAGAAAAUUCAUCACUAUUGGGUAAAGAAUAGCUCUAAGUUAGAAAGAACAACAUUAAGAGAAUAACAGAUAUUCUCAAUAAUGUUAAGGAUCAUGAUAUUAAUUAAUAAACUUAUUCGUUAAAGGACAAAGAAGAAAUAUAAAAGGAGCUUAUCAUAAAAAUAUAAUGGGAGAAGAAGAUCAUAAUCUUUCUAAGAUUUUUAGUUCAUCUUACAGCUUUUGAUGAGAGAUACAUAUAGUGUGGAUCAAAUUCAUUUCAUUUAUUAGUUUAUAUGAAGAAUUCGAAUACUUCCUUAAUAGGAGCAAAUUUAAUAAGAUGCGACUUAAGUGGAUCUGAAUUUGAAAAUAUCAUUAUUAGCGGAAUGAAUUUGAAUUAAGCAAAAUUAUUCAAUUGUAAGUGGAGAAAUAUAGGUAUAGAUGAGGAAAUCAUGUUAUAUGGUCAUGGUGAUUAGGUCAAUAAAGUUUGUUUUUCACCAAAUGGUAAGUCUUUAGCAUCUUGUAGUUCUGAUAAUUCGAUUAAAUUGUGGGAUUUUAAAACAGGAAAAAUAAAGUCUUUUUUAUUCGGAGAAAGUGAGUUAAAAUCAGUAAGUUUCUCUUAAAAUAGUACCACAUUAGCUUCAUGUAGUGGUACAUUUGUGUAUUUAAGGAAUCUAAAAACAGGAAAAUAAAUAUCUAAGUUAAUUGGUCAUAUUGAUAUUAUAAAUUCAGUCUGUUUCUCUCCUAAUGGUACUACAUUAGCUUCUGGUAGUGAUGAUAAUUGUAUCCGUUUAUGGGAUGUUAAGAGAGGAGAAUAAAAAGCAAGAUUAGAUGGUCAUUCAGAUGGAAUUCUAGCAGUCUGUUUCUCUCAUGAUGGUAAUACAUUAGCAUCUGGUAGUAAUGAUAACUCUAUCUGUUUAUGGAAUGUAAAGACAGCAUAAAAAAUGUUAGAAUUAGAAGGUCAUGAAGAUUGUGUCAAUACAGUCUGUUUCUCUCCUGAUGGUACUACUUUAGCCUCUGGUAGCUAUGAUAAAUCUAUUCGUCUAUGGGAUGUGAAGACAGGAUAAUUAAUAUUAAAAUUUAAAGGUCUUGAAGAUAGUGUAAAUACAGUUUGUUUCUCUCCAGACGGUACUACAUUAACAUCUGGCAGUAGUGAUCACUCUAUUCGUUUAUGGGAUGUAAAGACUGGACAAUAAAAGUUUGAAUUAGAAGGUCAUGAAGAUUGCAUAAAUAGUGUUUGCUUUUCUCCUGAUGGUACUACAUUAGCCUCUGGUAGUUAUGAUAAGUCUAUCUACGUUUAUGGGAUGUUAAGAUAGGAUUAUAAAAAGCAAAAUUAGAUGGUCAUUCGAGUUGUGUUAAUUCGCUCUGUUACUCCCCUGAUGGUACUACAUUAGCAUCCGGUAGUAAUGAUAACUCUAUCUGUUUCUGGGAUAUUAAGACAGGAUAAAAAUAAGCCUAAUUAGAAGGUCAUGUAGGCUGGAUAAAUACAGUUUGCUUCUCCCCUGAUGGUACUACAUUAGCAUCUGGUAGUGAUGAUAAAUCUAUCCGUUUAUGGGAUGUAAAGUCAGGCUAAUAUAAAACCUAAUUUGAUUGUUAAUCUAUUUUAUAAAAUGUUGAUAUUGAUCAUACAAUACUCAGAAUAUGUCAAAAUCCAACUCUGGAAGCUAUAAGGAGCAUUAAUAUUGAAAGGAGAAUUUGUAAAUUAUUCAGGUGUAAAUCUAAAAUAAUUAUUCAAAUCAAAGGGAAGUUUGAUAUUAAACAAUUAUAAAGAAUAAAAAUAAAAUUGA